CACGCUGGCUCGGGAGUGGAACGGGAAGGUGGAGAUCUUCGCUAGUGAUGUAGAAAAGGUCGAAAAAUUUGAAUGACCUGUUUCAGUCCUCUUGGCAGAAAAACAUCUGGAACUUAGGAAUGCAUGGACGACUCUAAGUCAUAUUUCACAUGUUUACUGAGGCACCAUAGAGACAAUAUUACAUCCCAAAUACUAGAAAAAGUUGGUUGGGCAAAAUAUGUCCUCCUUAACUUAACCGAACAUUCUAGUAUGUUUUUGUUAUCAGAAGUUAACAUUGAUUACAUUGUUGGGAUAACACUGCAGCGCUACUUACUUUUUGACUUUGACAAAAUGAUGAUGUUCAGCAGCCGGACUGUUUCAUGAAAGUGUCUCUGGAUCUUUGCCUCGCCUCGCUGGUCAUGUCAUUAGUGGGAAAACAGAAGUGCAGAAUGACUUGCUCACACACAUACAUUUUGAGAUGUAGACGGAUGACAAAAAGAUUACUGGGUUGUUUAAUUUCACACUUGUUGGGUGGGCAGGCUCUCCCGCGACCUUGUAUACAAACUCUGUCAAAAACAAAUUCUGUCAAAUGAUUACCUGGAUAAACCCGUUGGCCACCUAACAAAAAAAUUUCAAGUCAUUUAUUAUUUGAUCGUGAAACUUUACCAUCAAGAAAAUUCAAAUCAAGCACCUAUCCCUAGUAUCUCAGUCAUCAAUAUAGUUUGUUCUUUGGAAUUCCAGCUGGACAGCAGCAUCUCUCAGCUUUCCCAAGCAAUAUCCGAGGGAAUAGUGUUUGAUAAAUCCAGCUUCAUCAAAAUUCCCAACACCACACGUAUCACAUCGUGCUUAAAGCUGCACCACUUUUCCCAUCAGUCAGUUAAGCCAAAUGAAGUGCGCAGUGAUUGAAAGUGAUGACACAGACAAAAAAGCAGCAGAAUUUGAAAGUCUGAUCUCAUAACAAGAAAAGCAUCUUUCAUAUGGACAUGGAUGGUUUCGAAGAAGACUUUCCACUGAGCUGGGGAGUUCAGACGGGCCACCGCGGAACUGGAAGGGCAUCGGGAUCGCUAUGAUGGUGAUCCUGGCGGUCAUGUCGUUGGUCAUUCUCUCCGUCGUCGUCCUCACUCCCGAUGAAUCUCACUUGUUGCGCCGCUCCCUUUUCACCUUGGAGGACCUGGAGAGCGAAGAGUUCAAAGUUCACGACCCCUGUGUGACCUGGCUGACGGAAAACGAAGUGGUUCUGCGCACCAGAGAGGGUUACGUCCUGUCGUUCAGCCUCAACAACAACCUGACGACCACCCUGCUGGACAACACCUCACUGGACCUGACCACCACAAGAUUCCAAGUUUCUGCAGACAAGGGCUUUGUGCUCCUGGCUUACAACAUUAAACCGGUGUUCUCUCAGUCCUUCACAGCCACCUAUGCUAUCUACAGUGUGGCCACUGGGGAUCUGCUGGAGCUUAGGCCACCAUUGAAGGAGAAGGCUGGGUUGCAGUACGCUUCUUGGGGGCCUCAGGGGAACCAGCUGGCCUUUGUGUUUGACGGAGACAUCUACUACAAGUCCAGUGUGACCAGCCAAGCCCUGCGUCUCACAUCCACUGGCAACGAGCACAGGGUGGUGAACGGGCUCUCAGAUUGGACUUACGAGGAGGAGGUGCUUUUGUGUUACUCUGCCCAUUGGUGGUCCAUGGAUGGCGCCCGGAUGGCCUACCUCAGCAUCAACAACUCUGCCACACCCCUUGUGGAAAUACCAAAAUUUUUGGGAGGCCUAUACCCCUCCAAUGUGAUCUUCCCCUAUCCCAAGGCCGGCUCCAAAAUCCCAUCAGUCAGCCUGUUUGUUGUGAACCUGUAUGGCCCAACCCACACGUUGGAGAUGACGCCCCCCGACUCAGUCAGAGCCAGAGAAGGAUACAUUUCCAUGGUGACCUGGACCAGCCGCACGCGCCUGGCGGUUCGUUGGCUGAACCGCGCCCAGAACCAAUCAGUACUUUGUGUGUGCGAGGCCACCACUGGCGCAUGCUCAGAGAAACACAAGACGACAAUGGAUGUUAUGCACAGCCAAUUGCAGCAGGAUGUGCCACUAUUCUCAGAUGAUGGCGACAUGUUCUACGCCAUCCUGCCAGCAAAGCAGGGCGCCCGCGGAGAGUUCAGACAUAUCGCUGCUCUCUCAGCCCAGCCCACCAUUCCCUCCAUCUCUCCUCGCUUUUUGACAUCUGGAAGCUGGGAUGUCAUCUCGCUUUGCACCCUGGACGAGAAGGCUGGAAAGAUCUAUUUCCUCAGUACAGAAGAGUCCAGACAAGGAAGACACCUCUACAGUGUGGAUGUGGAUGGAGCAUUUCAGCGCCAGUGUGUCACCUGUAACCUCUUUGAUGAAUGCCACUUCUUUCAAGCAGAUUUCAGUCCCAAUUGCACCUACUUCACUCUCCGUUGCCUGGGUCCAGGAGUUCCAAAAGUGACAGUCCACAACUUAAAGGACCCCUCCAGAUAUGUUGUCUUGGAGGACAACAUUCCCCUCUCCAAAGCCCUGGAAGUCAAGCAUCUCCCCAACACUCUGUUCAUGACCAUUUCAGCUGGCAACCAUGAUGUGCACCUGAAAUUAUCUUUACCUCAAGGUUACGAGGCUAACCUACACCCUCUGCUUAUCAUUGUAGACAGCCUUCCCGGUAGUCAGUCGGUAACGGAGGAGUUUGCACUUGACUGGCCUCAGGUCCUCUCCAGCUCACACAAUGUAGCGUUGGUUUGGGUGGACGGUCAGAGCGGGGUCGGCCGUGGACAGAAGACUGCCGCCACAGACACACGCAAGCUUGGUUCACUUCAAGUCAAAGAUCAUUUGGAAGUCGUGGAGUUGUUGAUGAAGCUGCCGUAUAUUGACGAUCGCCGCAUGGCUCUCUAUGGCAAGGCAUUUGGUGGACACUUAACUCUCAAAAUGUUAACUGCAACAGAGAAGUUCUUUCAAUGCUCAGCUGCGGUGGCCCCAAUAACGGACUUUAGGCUUUACAGCGCUGCAUUCUCCGAGCGGUAUCUUGGCCUUCCAACAAAGGAGGAGCAUGUUUACUUGACUACCUCCCUGCUGGAGGAGGUCAGCAAACUGAAGGAUGAGAACUUUCUUAUUCUACACGGAACUGCGGAUGCAAGGGUACACUUCCAGCACAGCGCGGAGCUACUGAGCCGACUGGUGAGGGUGGAGGCCAACUACACAUUGCAGCUCUAUCCGGAUGAGGGCCACACGUUGCGGGAACCGCGCAGCAUCCAGCACUUCCAGCGCACGGUAGUCAACUACCUUCAUAACUGCUUCAAGCACAGCAUCCUCGUGGAUACAGUUGAGGAUGAAGAGGAUGAUGAUGACUGAGCCCGGAGCUCUCUGUCCUCGCCUCUGGAAGGACUAUCGUAGGUCUAUAUGCCUUGGUAGUGAGUGUGAUGUAGAGUUCAGGAAUGUGGACCAAACCCUAUCAGCCAAGCAAAUCAUGUCCUACAACUUCUGGAAAAAGGACGAAUUUAACACCUUAUUGCACACACUUGUUUCUGCUGUUCUGUCUGCCUGAGACCCUGUUUGUUUACAAAAUACAGUGGGUAAAGAAAGUGAACACACCCUUGUAUUCUUUUUUUAACCUUUUAACCAAAUUUCACGAAAAAAAAUCAGCAGCAUUUAAAAACGUGGGAAAUUGUGUUACAGUCUGAACUUUCUGGCACAUAUUUGGGAAAAAAACAAAACUGCAUCAUAAGAAGAACCCUAUUUCCAUGGUGGUGUUUUUUUAUUUAUUUAUUUUAAAGCUGGAACUUGAGCGUCAGUCAAGGUGGAGGGACUUAUGAACAAUUCCAAAUACCUUUCAAUUUCGGGCCAAAACCUCCAGAUGUCUGCCAGAAUGCUGAAGCAAACAAUUCAAAUUCUGUGGGUGACCUAAAGGGGGCUGUGCCCUCGCCAUCUGUCACAGUUGGAGUGAUUUUGCCUGAAAGAGUGUGCAAAUAGUCAAGUCAAGACGUGCCGUGCUGAUCGUCUUCUAUCCAAAUAGUCUUAUCGUGCUGUACAUGUUUUAUAUUCUCUCCCUAGCAGACGUUCUAUAUCCACUGUAUAUGUGAGAUGAUGUAGGCUGAUGAUUGUGCCAAAUGUUUACAGGUUUUAAAGUCUACCUAAAGGCUGCAUGAUGUGAAGUAGAUUGCAUUUUCUGUGUUUUGUCAUCAUGGUUCAAAAUAAUAUAAUAAUAAUAUAAAGUAAUAUAAAAGAUUGGAAUUAACAAAAAAAUUAAUUUGAGCAUCAUUCUCUGCAGUGUGAACAUAGCCUUACAUGUUGAGACACACACUUUAUAGGUUCCAUAUUCAGAAUGCUGCAGGGUUAAACUCUAAAAUGAAGCUCACACUUACUGUUAAGUUGAGACAAUUUACUUACAGGCUGGUUGGAAAGUUUCACAUUCCUUUUAAGGUUAAGAGUUAUUGUGAAAGCUAUUUCUUUUUACACCACUUAAAUAGCGCAGAACAUACAGUAUGUGCCAAAAUACAUCUGAUGGACUGCUUUGACUGUGAAUUAAUGUAUUUAAUGAGGCAGCUGUAAUUUGGAUGAAUUAAACAACAAACACUGACUCAAAGACUUGCAGUGGAAGCAGCUCAAAUUCACGUUAUGAACAACAUUUAAAUCUGUCUCUCUUAAUGCAUGGGACAUAACUGAAUUCACUGGCCAAAGACAGUGGUUCAGUCCAUCGAUCUAAACCAUUGCAUGCCCCCGAUUUUCCACAUGAAGCAUUUUGUUUUUCAACAAAACCUUGACAAUUAAAAUGUUGUUUUACAGCAAAAUG